AUGGCCCCUACAACUCAUAGUAAUCUUGCAGCAGCCAGACUAACAUCAACCCAGUGUGACCCUGCACCAGUAGUCAAUACCUUCACCAGCUUCUCCCAGUGCUGUGCUAGCAUGCAUGGUACAGCUCAAAGCAUUUCCCAACUCAUCAAUCAUGACCAUCCAGAAACCCCCACACAAACCCCUGCCGGAGGUCCUCCGGAUGAUGAAGAUCCUGAUGAUGAUGAUGAUGGAACUCUUGGUGGAAACCUACCAGAUGACUUCAGAGACGAUCCGGAUAAUGGUCCAGAUAACAAUGAGAAUGAUGUUCCAGACAACAACAAUGGCCUUAAUCCACAAGACCACAUUUUUCUCUGGUUAUCAGAAGCCAUUGAUAACCUUGCCCACAACAGUCGUUGUGCAAUGAGCUCUGAAGACUCCAGAGUCAAAGUCUGA